CAGCCUUCAUUCUCGGGCCGUGUAGAAUCCCCUUCAUGAAGAAGCCUGACAGCGUUGGUUGUCAAGUGUGUUUGUGUUCCAAAGUAAAAGGCAGAACAAUAUGUACAUAUCAGUCUAGGUGGUAGAACGUUUUCCGCGGUAAACUAAUUCUGGAUAAUUUUCCUUAGAGGAAAAGCCGCUUCCUUUUGUUGCGACUGUAACGACGCAAUUAGAAUUUCCAAUUAAGGGUUUUUUUUCCAUUUCUUGGGCGUUUUUUUUUCAAUCAAUUUAACCGCGUUUGUAUCGAGACGCUGGAAUUCGGCUUACCCUUAACCGCUCGUAACUAACCGAAUCCGCACUAUGUCGCACACCAUUUUGUUUGUGCAGCCGGGACAGCAUCCGGAAACCCGUACCUACAGCGACUAUGAAAGCGUUAACGAAUGCAUGGAGGGUGUGUGCAAGAUCUACGAGGAGCAGCUGAAGCGGCGCAACCCAAACACACCGACCAUAACCUACGAUAUUAGCCAGCUGUUUGAUUUCGUCGAUCAGCUCGUAGAUCUUAGCUGCCUUGUGUACCAAAAGUCUACCAACACCUACGCACCGUACAACAAGGCUUGGAUAAAGGAAAAAAUCUACGUACUGCUGCGGCAGGCGGCCGGCACCACCGCGUAACGUUGCCUUUUUGCUGAACUGGAAAAGGAGUGCUGAAAUAGUACAACGAUAAGAUGAUACACUCCCUGCGCUUCAGAUUCACAUUUGUACAGAAAACAUGCCUCCCUACACGAUAAUCCGCGCAUUGGGCGGACAAAGACCUCGCCUUAAGUUGGGAAAAGCUAAAGGGAACCAGUUAGCAGAGUGUUCUAAAGAGUUGAGGAUGAUUAGUUUGAAUUUUCCGUUCGUCGGGAUAUAAUUUGAACUUAUUGCCUUAAUUUUUUUGCAUCAAAGACAUUUUGCAUCAAAGAUUAUUUCUAUGAAUAUUAUUCGCACAUCCGCUCACUUGACUAGGCAUGAUUAGUUACACACGAAGCGCAUUUUUGUACAGAGAUGGGAAAUAGAAAAUGCAUUUUUUAGAGCGAAAAAAAUAAUCUCAGAAUAAUUACAUGAAAUCAAACAUUUGUUCAUGUAUUCAACGAUAGAUAGGUAGCUCGUGCGAGCUGAUGAAAAUGUUCAACUAUCGAACAAUGUAACAUAAUAGAAGAAUUCGCGAAAAAGAGAGACGACGAUUCGAAGCUGUUGAAAUGAAAGCAAAUCGAGCAAAUAAUAAUAUUUGCAUCUAACUG